AUCAGAAAUUAUUAUGGAUAUAAGAAAGUUUUUUCAAACAAAAAGGCCAGCAGCAAAUAAAAGCGAAUUACCAUCACCCAAAAAACCUCAUGGCUGUGACAUGAAAAAUGAUGACAACAGAAGUGAUAGACACAAAUCACCGAAUCAAAACAUUAUUGUCAAAGAAAAAGAAACCCGAGAUACUUUUGUAGCGCCUUGUACAAGCCUUAAAUCCGAGCAUGUUACAUCUGAAUUGUCUGAAUCUGAUAAAUUAUUGCAUGAUAUUGGUAACUACAUUGAACUCAAUAAUAUUUUAAGACUUAACGACGCAGAAAAAUAUGAUUUGUUGACCAAUCCUUGGAAUCCUGAUAAAACGUAUAAUUUCAAGAAUGAUUUAGGGGAAAACCAAAACAGAUGUUUUCGUUUGGAAUGGUUAUACCAAUAUCCGUGGUUAGCAUACUCCAAAAAACUAAAAGAUUUACAACUCAACGACGCAAAUAACGAGUUAAUUGUGAAAAACAGAGACAAACUGCGUUCAAUAAUAUCGAGUAUCGUUUUUUGUGGUACUCAUGAUCUAGCACUGCGCGGGAAACAGUCAGACUCAGGGAAUUUCCAGGAUCUAUUGAAAUUCAGAAUUGAGGCAGGCGAUAGUGUUUUGGAAGAACAUUUUAAAACUUGUACAGUAAGAACAAAAUACACUUCGCAUCGAGUACAAAAUGAAUUGCUUAAUAUCUGUGGACUUGUCAUACGUAAAAACAUUAUUGAAAAAAUUAAUAACGAAAACACCAUUGCAUUUUCACUGCUCGCGGAUGAAACUGCAGAUAUUUCAGGAAUCGAGCAGCUGUCGAUAGGGGUCAGAUUUGUAGAAAAGAAUAAUGAUAGCGUUUCAACCAGGAUAUGCGAAGAGUUUCUCGGUUUUGUUCCUCUAGAGAAACUUAAUGCAGAGCAUAUUGCAUUAGAAAUUCUCUCAUUUUGCAAGAGAAAUGAUAUAAAUAUGUCAAAAUUAGUAGGUUUAGGCUUUGAUGGAUGUUCAACAAUGGCUGGUACUGAAGGCGGCGUUCAAAGACUAAUUCGAGAUAAACACAAUAAAGCAUUAUUUUUCCAUUGUGCUUCUCAUAGACUUAAUCUCGUGGUGAAUGAUCUGAAUAUUGUGCGUGGCGUUCAAAAUACUGUUGGCACCAUAAAAGACGUAAUCAAAUUUUUUCGUGAAAGUACUCUUCGAAGAAAUUUAAUUUGUAACAUUCCUAUGUUAUGUGAGACACGAUGGUCUGCAAAAUACAAGAGCAUUAGAGUGUUUUCUGAAAAUUUUAUUGAAAUUAAAAAGGUUCUCGAUUCUUUACCCACAAACGCUGAGGUCAACCGUGCUACUAGAGCUCGAGCACAGCAACUGUCAAGUGCUACAUCAGAAACUUCUUUUAUAGUAUGUAUGCAAAUUAUUGCAAAAUACUCUGCAAUGCUUGAACCUGUGACUAAUGCUCUUCAAGGUAUUUCUGUGGAUAUGAUUUCGGUUCAAAAGCAUGUAAAUAUUUUACUAGAUACAUUCAGGAGACAUAGAGAGUCUGAUUUAGAUAGCACUUUCGACAUUAUAUUUAAAACUGCAACAGCAGUUGCUCAACAUUUUGAAGUAAAAUUUAAGAUUCCAAGGAUAGUUG